CUUUUAAUUUUCUGUGUAAAGCUUCUUUAAGACAAUGUUCAUUGUUAAAAGUGCUAUACAAAUAAAAAUGAAUUUAAUUGAAUGUAUUGUACAUAUGCCUAUAUACCAUGUGUGGGUCAGUUUUGACCCAUUUCAUAAACCUUGUGUAUUGAUUAGUAGAAACGUUUUUCUUUUCACUGAAGUUGUUGCUGAUCAUAUUUGUAAUGAAAAGCUUUGUGUCAAAUCUGCCACAUGAUGGCUGAUUGGAUAACUGCAUUACUAUACGUUAGCAUAUAUUUGCAUAUAUUUCGGUACAGUACAGGUGUUUGCUGUUCUUGAAAAUCUUUUAGUUAUCACCCCUUCAGAGUAUUUUGGCAUCUAAAGUGAAACCAUAAUACUUGCUAUUCUUAAAACUACCCUUAAACACUGGAUAAUAUCUCCUCACUAGGGGUUUGGUUUGGGGAAGUCUAUAUUAACAAUAUUACCUCUGAAGAGAGUAAUAUUUUGUUGCAUGGUCCCACAGUGGCAAAAGGCAAUAACCAUUGCAUAAGAUCUGUUGUAUUAGGGAUGCCUUGAUCCUGUCAUCUAGCCAACUUGCCCAUUUUUCCUGCUUUCAACAUGUCAACUUCGUGAACUGACUUGCUGCCCAAUAUAUCCCACCUCUUGACAAGUGCUAUUGUAAUAAGAUCAUCAAUGGUAUUUGAUUUAUCUGUCAGUUCAUUAUACGGAGAAUCUUGUAAUUGAUUUUAAAAAUAAAUAUUCCAUUAUAGACCAAGUAAAUCCAUGUGAUGUGGUCAGCUCAGGUUGCUUUACACCGGUAGGUUUCUGUAGGCCGGAUGUGGGCUGCUGCUUUCCGUUGAUUAUGUGGUGCUGCGUCUUUAAGCAGCAGCUCGGUUUCUGCCUGGAUGUCGCUGUCCGGUGUUCACAACUAAAUAGACAUCUUUAACUCCGACCAUUUUUCCGAUACACGGCCAUCAUCAUCAUCAUCAUCUUCAUGUCCCUGUGCAGAAUACGUGUGAGCUAAAGGUCUGUGUCCGAUAGUGUCGGUGAAAAUGGUGAAGAGGAAAAGCCUGGAUGACGGCGACCAGGAGAGUUGCGGCGGAAUACCAUUUCCCAUCCAGACCUUCCUGUGGAGACAGACCAGCGCGUUUUUGAGACCGAAGUUAGGGAAGCAGUAUGAAGCAUCUUGUGUGUCUUUUGAGCGAGUGCUGGUGGAGAAUAAGCUCCAUGGGCUUUCUCCAGCUCUCACCGAGGCCAUCCAGAGCAUCAUGCGUUGGGAGCUGGUUCAGGCAGCACUGCCUCAUGUCCUCCACUGCACUGCAAUUCUCCUUUCCAAUCGCAACAAGCUAGGGCACCAGGAUAAACUCGGUGUAGCCGAGACCAAGCUUCUCCAUACUCUUCAUUGGAUGCUGCUGGAGGCAGCUCAGGAGUGCCACCAAGACCUAGGACAUGGAUGGUCAGGGGGAGGCAGCAGUGGCAGCAGCAGUGCGUUCUUUCAGCCUUUAAGUAACCAAAUUCACCUGGAACGCAAUGGCAGUACUCCAGAGGAGAACGAGUACGCUCGAGCCAAACUUUACCACAAGAACAUGGCCACUGUAGAGCUGUUCGUUUUUCUUUUUGCUCCUCUUGUCAACCGCAUUAAGGAGUCUGAUCUUACAUUUCGACUGGCUAGUGGCCUUGUUAUUUGGCAGCCAAUGUGGGAGCAUCGUCAACCUGAUGUCCCUGCCUUUUCUUCUCUCAUUAAGGCCACACGCAACAUUGUUACUGCAAAGAGAAACUCUACUGUAAAUAACCAGUGCAAUCUCUGUGCUCCGGGCAAUCCUUACCCCACGGUGGUGGGUGAAUCUGCACAAUCUGACUCCUCCUCCACUUCUGUGAAGGCCCAGAGCUGUCGCCGUGGCAACUCGGUGGAGAGAGGAGGCACCUCACAGCAGCAGUGUGAUCGAGGCAUCACCCAGAAGAAGUUGUCAGCACCCGAUGCUAUCUCUGUGUGCCAGCGAGCACGCUAUGCCACCUACUUUGAUGUGGCUGUGCUACGUUGCUUGCUUCAGCCUCACUGGACAGAGGAGGGCAUGCACUGGGCACUUAUCUUCUAUCUACAGCGUCUCAGACAGAUUCUGCAAGAGAAGCCUGAGCGUCCACCAGAACCCCCCACAGCACCCCUGCCUCGACCUCGGAGCAGCUCCAUGGUGGCUGCAACUCCUUCACUAGUCAACACACAUAAAACACAGGACAUGACCUUGAAGUGUAAUGAGGAGGGGAGGUCACUGAGCUCAGAGACCUUCUCCAAAAUAUCUAUUACCAACCUCAGAAGACAAGCCAUCCCGGACCUCUCUACAGACAUAAGCAUGAACAUUUUCAAAAAGUUUAAGAACCGCAGGGAGGACAGGGAGAGAAAGGGCUCUAUUCCAUUCCAUCAUACAGGAAAGAAGAGACAACGGCGUAUGGGGGUGCCUUUCCUCAUGCACGAGGACCACCUGGACGUGUCACCUACACGUAGCACCUUCUCAUUCGGGAGUUUCUCUGGAUUGGGUGAUGAGCGGCGCCCCUUGGAGCGAGGUGGCUGGCCCACCAGUAUCAUGGGAAAGCUGACUCGUCGUGGCAGCACAGAUAUGACAGGGGACGUGGACAGUCUCGGAGUAAAACACUCUCAUUCCCACCACAACCUGCCUGACCAUUCCAACAGCCACAGUGAAAACACCAUCAAAGAGGGUGUGCGUUCUCAGAUCUCUACUAUCACCAUGGCUACUUUUAACACGACAGUCGCCUCCUUUAAUGUGGGCUACACCGAUUUCUUCACGGAACACAUAAAGAAGCUCUGUAAUCCCAACCCGAUCCCCGAGAUACCCUGUGAGCCAUUGGCUUGCUCCAACCUUCCACGCAGCCUCACUGACUCUUGUAUCAACUACUCAUGUCUGGAAGAACGAGACAGCAUUGAGGGAACCAACAAUUUUAUCCUGAAGAAUGGCAUGCUGGAUCUUUCUGCUGUGCUCAGGGCUGUGUAUGCAGUUCUCACUCAUGACAUUAGCUCACGGAUAUGCGAUGUGGCCCUCAACAUUAUCGAGUGCCUUCUUCAACUGGGUGUUGUGCCCAGUUUGUCCAAGAAAGUUGCCAAACAAGAGGACAAGGUAAAGGAGGCAGAUCUUUCUAAGGAAGGAGCCAGUCAAAGUGUAGGUGGUGCUCAUGGGGGUGUGGCUGGAGGCACAGGGGCUGUUCCCAGUGGAGGGAGUGGAGAUGGUGAUGGAGGAGGUGAUGGUGGAGGAGGAGGAGGAGGUGGAGGAGGAGAGAGUGGAAGCGGAAGUAAAAAUGAUAUUAAAAUCAACAAAGGCAAUAAGGACGAGGACUCCAUUAGCACCCACAAAUUAGCUUUGACUAUGCUUAUUAAAAUUGUGAAGUCUCUUGGGUGUGCCUAUGGUUGUGGUGAAGGCCAUCGCGGGCUUUCUGGAGAUCGUCUGCGUAUGCAGGCUCAGAACUGCAUGACCAGUCUGUACAAACUAGAUAAAGUGCAGUUCCGGCAGACCAUGAAAGAGUACGUCAACAAGGAUUCUCUCAACAACAUAGUGGACUUUCUGCAUGCCCUUCUUGGCUUCUGUAUGGAGCCCAUCACUGACAAAUACGGCAGUGCAGGUGAGAGGUCCAGGAGGGCGAAUAAGCGAAACUUCGACAAGGCUGGCUUUGGAAACAAUUUUGCUACUGGAGGGGAUAAAUCUCUCGCUCAGAACAUGGAGGCCGUGGUCGUGGGCUGCAUGUUCAAAUCCCUCAUAACCAGAUGUGCAUCCACUACCCACGAGCUGCACAGUCCAGAAAAUCUGGGUCUGUACUGUGACAUUCGACAGCUGGUUCAGUUUAUCAAAGAAUCGCAUGGCAACGUUUUCCGUCGCGUGGCACUAAGCGCCCUAUUGGACAGUGCAGAAAAACUCAAUGCUACAAAGAAAACUGAGGACAAAGAGGAGACCAGGGCAACUGGACAAAAAAGUGAGGAACAGAUUCCUGGAGCUCUGUUAGGAAGGAAGGACUUCUGGAGGAAAAUGUUCAAGUCUCAGAGUGCUGCCAGUGACACCAGCAGCCAGUCAGAACAGGACACAUCGGAGUGCACGACUGCCCACUCAGGCACCACUACAGACCGUCGCUCACGCUCUCGCUCCCGACGCAUCUCGCUGCGCAAGAAGCUUAAACUUCCCAUAGCAUGCCGUAGGACAGUACGCCUUCCAUUCACUCUCUCCGUCCUACGAAACUGGCUGAAGCGUUCGUCCUUGUCUGGCCUAGCUGAUGGUGUAGAGGACCUUCUGGACAUCAGCUCUGUGGAUAGACUUUCCUUUAUCAGGCAGAGCUCCAAGGUGAAAUUCACCAGCGCCGUCAAGCUGUCAGAAGGAAGUGCUACAGAGUAUGGCCGGGAGGAGGAGGAGAACUUCUUCAAGAGGCUCGGUAAAUGGCGGUCUGGUCGACGGAACCCAUCCAAGCUUCACCACACAGAGGAGAAAGAUGGAUGCCAUGGAUUCCCAGAACGUUUGGCUUCGAACCAGGAGGCAAUGAAGAAUAAAAACAUAGUGAAUCUUGGCGCCAUCAGACAGGGCAUGAAGAGGUUCCAGUUCCUCCUGAAUUGCUGUGAGCCAGGCACCAUACCAGAUGCUUCUAUCCUGGCUGCUGCCCUGGACCUGGAAGCUCCAGUGGUGGCGAGGGCCUCCUUGUUUUUGGAGUGUGCUCGCUUUGUGCACCGCUGUAACCGUGGCAACUGGCCAGAAUGGAUGAAAGGUCACCACGUCAACAUCACCAAGCGAGGGCUUUCACGAGGACGCUCACCUAUCGCUGGGAAUAAGAGAAACAACAAGCUGCAGUGGAACGCAGCAAAGUAUUUUUACCAGUGGGGUGAUGCAAUUGGCACCCGUCUGAGCGAGCUGUGUCACUCGGACAGCGAGAGUCCUGCUAACAUCCUGGGCUUUAUUUAUGAUGAGGAGAGCAAAAGAAGGGCAAGGAAGGAAGAUGAAGAGGAAGAUUUCCUGGAUGACAGUACUGUAAACCCUACGAAAUGCAGUUGUCCCUUUGCCCUUAAGAUGUCCGCUUGUCAGCUGCUUUUAGAAAUCACGACCUUCCUGAGAGAGACUUUUCCCUGCCUUCCACGUCCACGCACAGAGCCCCUAGUGGAUUUAGAUAGUUGCCGAAUGCGUCUGGACCCAGAAUUGGGCCGCCAUCGCUACGAAAGGAAGAUCAGCUUUGCCGGAAUAUUAGACGAUGAGGACGGGCAUGAUUCCCUGAACAGCAGUAGUCACACUCUGAAGUCAGACACCACAUGCGAUGAGAAGAAAUCAUUUCAGGAACCACUGGCUCCCAUCAGGAAGAUCCGCAUUGGAGGUUCUCGGCUACUGCAAAUAAAAGGGGCACGGAGUUUCAAGGUGAAGAAAGGUGGCUCUCUGUCUUCCAUUCGCAGAGCUGGCAGUCUGAAGAGCACCAAGAUGUCUAGGCAGGACUCGGAGUCUGAGAACGAUGCUGAGUCUGAUCGUUUGUUGUCUCAGAGCAGAGACACGGUCACUGAUAUUGGGAGCCCCUGGAGUGCUAGUGAACCCAGCAUUGAACCCGAAGGUCCUGGAAGCACUAGUGGCGUGGACGAUUACCACCGCAACAUGUCAUGGCUACAUAUCAUGAUCCUUCUGUGCAACCAGCAGAGUUUUAUCUGCACCCAUGUGGACUUUUGUCACCCUCGCUGCUACCAACGCCACAGCCGUUCCUGCACUCGCCUUGUCCGUGCCAUCAAGCUUCUUUAUGGAGAGACUGUCGAUAGUCUGAAAGAGAACAGCUCCAGCACUACCUUUAGCAAUCGUGCCAAGAAGAGCAAAGAGUGUUCGGAUAAGUCAUGUCUGCGGACUCCGUCUAUGAAGAGACGUCCUACUGACAGUAACGCGGAGGGGAAGAAAGACACAGGGAUGCUGAAAUACAUUCGCACGCAGGUAAUGAGUCUCUCUCCAGCACCUCUUUCCCUGCUUAUAAAAGCAGCUCCUAUCUUAACAGAGGAUAUGUAUGGAGACAUUCAGCCAGCAGCGUGGGAGCUGCUGCUCAGUGUUGAUGAGCACAUGGCUGCUGCUGCGGCGGCAAUGUUUCUACUGUGUGCAGUAAAGGUUCCUGAUGCUGUCACUGAAAUGAUGAUGGCUGAGUUUCACCAUCAGGAAUCAAGUCAAAGGAUUAACUCAGUGCUCAAGUUCUAUACUGUCUGGAGGUUUCGCUACCAGGUGUGGCCUCGCAUGGAGGAGGGAGCGCAACAGAUCUUUAAGAUUCCUCCCCCCAGCAUUAAUUUCACUCUGCCGUCCCCUAUUCUGGGGAUGCCCUGUGUGCCCAUGUUUGAUCCACCAUGGGUGCCUGUGAACACUGGAACUGUUACAGAUGCAAUCAGUGAAGAUCAGUCUAAAUCGUUCUCAGCUCGGGCUGUGUCGCGCUCUCACCAGCGUGCUGAGCACAUCCUGAAGAACAUGCAGCAGGAGGACGAAAAGAGGAGACUGGGCCGAGAGGCCAGCAUCAUCACAGCCAUCCCCAUUGCUCAGGAAGCCUGCUAUGAGCCCACCUGCAGCCCUCCACCUGAACAAGAGGAAGAGGAAGACGUGUUGAAUCUAGCGUCUCGUCGUCUCUCUGUGAGCCCCUCAUGUGCCUCCAGCAACUCGCACAGGAACUACUCAUUCCGCCGCGGCUCGAUGUGGUCAGUGCGCUCAGCAGUCAGUGCUGAAGAUGACGAAAACACUACAGAACACACGCCCACACAUCACAUGUUGCAGCCGCCUCAGGCUGUGUUUCCAGCCUGCAUCUGUGCUGCAGUGUUGCCCAUAGUACACCUAAUGGAGGAUGGGGACAUUCGUGAGGACGGUGUUGCAGUAAGUGCCGUGGCUCAGCAGGUGCUGUGGAAUUGUCUGAUUGAAGACCCAGCUCUUGUUCUUCGGCACUUUCUAGAGAAACUGACGGUUAGUAACAGACAGGAUGAGUUGAUGUAUAUGCUAAGGAAGCUGCUUCUCAAUAUCGGGGAUCUCCCUGCACAAACUUCACAUAUCCUCUUCAACUACCUGGUGGGUUUAAUCAUGUAUUUUGUCCGGACGCCGUGCGAGUGGGGAAUGGAUGCUAUCUCGGCUACACUUACCUUCCUGUGGGAGGUGGUAGGCUACGUAGAGGGUCUUUUUUUUAAAGACCUGAAACAGACCAUGAAAAAAGAGCAAUGUGAGGUGAAACUGCUGGUCACUGCUUCUAUGCCAGGAACAAAGACUCUGGUGGUUCAUGGGCAGAAUGAGUGUGAUAUUCCUACACAGUUACCAGUACAUGAGGAUACACAGUUUGAAGCCUUGCUCAAGGAGUGUCUUGAGUUCUUCAAUAUACCAGAGGCCCGUUCAGCCAACUAUUUCCUUAUGGACAAGCGCUGGAAUCUAAUCCACUAUGCCAAGACAUAUGUGCGAGACAUCUACCCUUUCAGGAGAUCAGUGUCUCCUCAGCUCAACUUGGUCUACAUGGAACCAGAUAAGGGCCAGGAGCUCAUUCAGAAACAGGUGUUCUCUAGGAAGCUGGAGGAAGUGGGCCGUGUUCUCUUCCUCAUUUCUCUUACCCAGCGCAUGCCAGCAAUGCACAAACAGUCCCAUGUCUCUUUGCUUCAGGAAGACCUGCUGCGUCUGCCCUCUUUUCCUCGCACGGCCAUAGAUGCAGAGUUCACUCUCUUCAACGAGCCUCUGGGUAAAGAACUAUUUGGCAUGGACACUUUGCACAAGGUUUUGUGGAUCAAGCUGUUGGAAGAGAUGUUUCUGGGCAUGCCUAGCGAGUACCCGUGGGGUGAUGAAAUCAUGCUCUUUCUGAAUGUGUUCAACGGAGCCCUUUUACUCCACCCGGAAGACACUGCCCUCCUCAGGCAGUAUACCGCCACAGCCAUCAACACCGCUGUGCACUUCAACCAUCUGUUCUCCCUGAGCGGCUACCAGUGGAUUCUUCCCACAAUGCUUCAGACAUACGCUGAUUAUGAAAGCAAUCCAUUGCUGCGUCGAGGCAUCGAGUUUUGCUGCAGGCAGUUUUACAUCCUCCAUCGCAAACCUUUCAUCCUGCAGCUGUUUGCCAGUGUGGCCCCACUGCUGGAGUUCACUACAUGCACCAGUACAGGACUGUCUAAAGGUGUGUCUGCGCAGUGCCUGUUUGACCUUUUGGUGUCUCUGGAAGGAGAAACAGCUGACAGCCUGGACGCUUUGGAGCUGGUCAAAGCUGAGAAACCAUUACGCUCUCUGGAUUUUUGCUAUGGCAAUGAGGACCUAGCCUUCUCCAUCAGUGAAUCCAUUAAGCUGUGUGUAACCGUGGUGGCCUAUGCUCCUGAAUCAUUCCGAAGUCUACAGAUGCUGAUGGUUUUAGAGGCACUGGUUCCUUGUUAUUUACAAAAGCUGAAAAGUAACAGUCAGGCCCUGGAGUCAGCAUCUGUAGCCAGAGAUGAGAUUGCAGCCAUAGCCGCUCUGGCUACAUCUCUGCAGGCGUUGCUCUAUAGUGUAGAAACGCUGACACGACCUAUGACUGCACCACAGAUGAGUCGCUGCGAUCAGGGCCAUAAAGGAGGAACUACUGCCAACCACACAAUGUCUGGAGGAGCAAAUACCAGAGAUAACCUUCACCUGCUGGAGGAAGGACAGGGCAUGCCCCGGGAGGAGCUGGAUGAGCGUAUAGCCCGUGAGGAGUUCCGCCGGCCUCGUGAGUCGCUACUCAACAUUUGUACUGAGUUCUACAAACACUGUGGCCCACGACUGAAGAUCCUGCAGAAUGUGGCUGGAGAACCGAGAGUCACUGCUCUAGAGCUUCUGGAUAUAAAGUCUCAUAUGAGGCUGGCAGAGAUUGCCCAUUCGCUCCUGAAGCUGGCCCCAUAUGACACUCUGACCAUGGAAAGUCGCGGCUUGCGCCGAUACGUUACGGAAAUGCUGCCCAUCACUGACUGGUCAUCAGAAGCAGUGCGGCCGGCUCUGAUCCUCAUUCUCAAGCGCCUGGACCGCAUGUUCAACAAGAUCCACAAGAUGCCCACGCUCAGGUGCGCCCGCCCACAGGCUCUGUACUCCAGACGACAGGUGGAAUGGGAAGCAGCCAGCAGUCUGAUCGAAGGGAUUUGUCUGACUCUUCAUCGCCAGCCGAUAAUUUCAUUUCUCCCUCACCUGCGCUCUCUCAUUAACGUCUGCGUCAACCUGGUGAUGGGUGUGGUUGGACCUUCAAGUGUAGCAGAUGGACUGCCAUUGUUGCACCUAAGCCCUUACCUCUCGCCUCCUCUACCAUUCAGCACAGCCGUGGUUCGCUUAGUGGCCAUGCAGAUACAAGCUUUGAAAGAUGAUUUCCCACUCAGUCAGGUGAUCUCACCCUUUACCAAUCAGGAGAGACGAGAGGGCAUGCUGCUUAAUCUUCUAAUUCCAUUUGUGCUGACUGUUGGCUCUGGAAGCAAAGACAGUCCUCAGAUUGAGCAGGCGGAGGUCUUCCUGCUCCUGCAGACGGUCAUUAACAUCCUGCUGCCUCCGCGCAUCAUCAGCACAUCUCGCAGUAAAAACUUUGUUUUAGACGCAUCUCCGGCACACUGCUCCACCCCCGGAGACGCAGGCAAGGACCUCCGCCGUGAGGGACUGGCCGAGUCUACCAGCCAAGCUGCUUAUCUAGCUCUGAAGGUGGUGCUGGUGUGCUUCGAGAGGCAGCUGGGUAAUCAGUGGUACAGACUGAGUCUGCAGGUGAAGGAGAUGGCUCUGCGCAAAGUGGGCGGUCUUGCUUUCUGGGAUUUCAUCGACUUCAUAGUACGCACUCGAAUCCCCAUCUUCGUGCUCCUGCGGCCCUUUAUUCAGUGCAAGCUGCUAACUCAGCCGGCAGAGUCUCAGGAGGAGAUUACAGCCCGGCAUCACAUCGCCGACCAGCUGGAGAGGCGCUUCAUCCCACGCUCACUCUGCAAGAGCUCGCUGUUCGCCGAGUUCAACAACGAGCUCAAGAUCCUGAAGGAGGCCGUGCACAGUGGCUCGGCAUACCAAGGAAAGACGUCCAUCAGCACAGUUGGCACCUCCACAUCAGCCUACCGGCUGAGCCUGGCCACCAUGUCCCGCUCAAACACAGGCACAGGGACAGUGUGGGAACAGGACAGCCAGCCGUCUCGCCAGCCCUCACAGGACACACUCAGUCGCACUGACGAGGACGAGGAGGAAAGUAAAGCCAACCCUCUUCCAUCUCCAGUUUACAUUUUACAGAGAAAUGACUCCAUAAGCAUUCCCAGUGUGGUAAGUGAGCAUGAAGCUUUCUUACCCAGCUUAAUUACACAACGCCGUUUCUCCAGCCAUGCCACAGGCUCCGCCUCUGGACAGCCAGAGCCAGGACUAAGCACUAUGCUGCCCAGUCACAGUGAACCCAAUGUGCUAGAUGAGUCCGGGGGGAUGCUGGAGGAGGGUACCCUGUCACGGGUUGCGAGUGUCCAGAGUGAGCCGGGCCAUCACAAUCUCUUACUUCAACCACCACUUGGUCGAAAAAGAGGUCUGAGGCAGCUUCGUCGACCUUUACUGACCAUCCCACGGAUGCAAGAUGAAUGUCGUGGGCGGCAGGGAGCCAGACUCUCAACCACUCGCAGAAGCAUUCAGCCUAAAAACAAAGCAGCAGAUAGAGCACAUAAUGACCAGAAGAGGUCAGUCACCUUCACAGAAUCCCAAGAAGCUUCUGGAAAGUCUCCUUCUACUACACCCACAGCCAGCUCUGCUCUACUGGGAGCAACUGGAGCCAGAAGACCCAGCCACUCACCUACACCUUCUCUUCCCUCUGAGACUCCAUCACCCUCCAUCAGAGCUGAGCAGCACCUCCCAGCACACCCACAGGCCUCACCUGUUGCUGAGAAAGAAAAGCAAGACAAGAGCAGUACAAGAAGUAGUCUCUCUCCUACACCAUCCUCCACUCCUGCCUCCAGGUCAUGCUCCCCCCUCCCUUCCUCUUUCCCCAUGCUGAGCACUCCUGUUCGGCUGAACCCGGCUCAGAUACGUGAGAGUCCGGAAGAUGAGGAGACGUCUGGGCUUUUGGAAAACACAGACACCUCGCUCCACCCGACUGAGGAGCAAGGCACCGAGAACCCUCUCCUUACCUCUCUGCUCAUACCUCAUUCUCUGUCCCAUCUGCCUCUGUCUCCUGUAGAUCUGGAUUUGGACGAGUCUCAUGUCUGAACGGCUCUAAAGCUUUGAACAGUCAGGGCACUUGUCGGUGUGCAAUAUUCAGCAUCUGGACAUUAGAAUACACCUUGAUUCAGUGGUAGCUGUAUUGUAGUGACCAAAGAUUAGGAGAGAAAACCUCAGAUGAAGAUUGAGAUGAAACCAGGUUGCCAGAUUGACAUGGUCCUUUCAUUGUGCAUAUUAGUUGGUGCAUAACCAACCUUUAACCACUUUACAACUGUUCAUUUUGACCUUUUGUGUGCUUGUUACAAAGGUUUCUGUAAAGGUUAGUUGCUCUGGGGAAAUUUAAACUGUGAUUGAUUCAAAAAAUGAUAUACUAGGGAAAGUAAAAAAGGCUUUGAUGAGCAGCUCUAAUGAGUAAAUGAAAGCAGUUACCAGUUUAUGCAUAAGCAUUAAUAACAAAACAGAGGUUUCAUUUUUGUACUGGCGUUUUGGAAUCUGCUUGGUAUUUAAGAUGACCUACAGAGAAGCGAAAUAAGGUUCUGCAGUGCUCCCAUGGUCAUAUAUGAACCCUCAUAGAUCUAACGGAACACAUCCUGUACAUAAACCCGAUUUUUCUUCACGACUAAAAGUUGCUGUAGCAGGGAAGUGGCGCUAAAGAUAUUGGCCUUCUGCUCAGAACGUCAUGAGUUUAAAUCCCAGCACCACCCAGCUUCCACUCCUGGGCCCUCGCCCAAGGCCCUUAACUGCUCAGAUAUAUAAAUGAGAUAACUGUAAUUUGGAUAGGUUUUGUAAAAGGAGUGUGCCACAUGUCAAAUGUAGAUGUAAAUGAGUUUAAAUAUUAAUACAGCACUGUGAGUCAACAUUCAAGAUCAUCCACAAAAAAAAUUAUAUACAGAUAUAUAUCUAUAAACUUGUAGCUCACACAUAAUUAUUCAUUAUAAUUUGUAUCCAAAAUAAUUUUAUUUCCAUGUGCACAGUACCAUGUAUGUGAUGUAGAUUAGCAUUCUAAAUUAUUUGAUUAAUAAUCAAAGAUAUUUGCAAUAAACUAAUCAGGUAGGUUUUCCAGACCUCAUACACACAUUACAUCCUAUAAAAAAAAAUAAAUAGAAAAAACCCUGACCUGAACGGACAAAAAUUUUCCACAAAAGACCACGUCUAUCCCAGGUUAAGCAGAAGAAUUCAUGUUACUCCACAAUCAACAGGUAUAUCAGUCUUUCUAUUAAAUCACAUGGAAUUUUAUUUCACAUUUUGUUUUCUGACAGAAACUGGUCUUAUCCUACCAGCAGGUUGUGUACAAGCCCAAGGGGAAAAGGGAAAAUAUAAUCAAUUGUGAUGUAGAUACACAGUAUAUAAUCAGUUAUAGAAUCAAACAAAAAAAACUGCAGAAGCUUGAGCUAACAAGGUGCCUGUGAGGAAAGAGAUUGUCACCAUUUGUCAAAAUGUCUGCGAGUGCAUAUACACAGUGUUUUGUGUCUACUGAUUUUAUUUUUCCUGUCAGUAAAACCGCUGCUAAAUGUUGAGCUUGUGCAAUAAUAAUAAAAAUAUACAAAUCCUACCUUUAAAGCGAAACUACAGCUUUUCUUUCAGAAACGGAGACGCCAGAAUCUUUAACGGUAGUAAGAAAAUAAGUUCCCCAGACAAAA